UCCUCCUUUGGCUUUCUCCCCCAACACGUCAUUCCUUCCUUUCCUUUCCUUCUCCACUCCGCCAUCCGCAACCGCCACGCAAACUUCCUCUCUCUCUCUCUUCUCGGCGCGAAUCCAGAACCUUCUAGAAGGAGAGGGAGAGGAGAGGAGGGCCCCCGCCCCCACGGGUCGCCAUGGCCGACGCGUACUGGAGGUACGCCGCCGCCGCCGACGCCGCGCGCCACCACCACCACCACCAGCUGCCCCUCUCCGCCGCCCCCGCCGCCGGGAUGCCCGCCCCGCCGCCUGCUGCUUCUCAGGUCGCCGCCGCCGGGCAGCCGCUCAAGCGGCCCCGCCCCGCCGACUUCUCCGAUGUACCUGGUGCUCCUGAAAUGGCUGGCUAUUACUCUCGUGAUGAAGAAAGGCCAGGGUAUCGUCCUGCAAGAGACACUGAGGCUCUUAACGCUUCCUAUGAACGUUUUCUGCGCACUGGGCAAAUUCAAUCCUAUGGAGCUGGAGCUGGAGCUGGACCUGGUGCUGAAUCUAUUAGGCCUGCGGCAGGUGGCAAUGCUGGAUACCCAGUUGAGGAUCGUCCAAUGAUGGCUGGUGGGGGCAUGGAAGCCAGAAAUAUUGGCUUUGGUGGUGGGAUGCCAGAGCCUCCCCUUCCACCAGAUGCAUCAAAUACAUUAUUCAUUGAAGGAAUUCCUACUGAUUGUGCACGUCGAGAAGUUUCUCAUAUCUUCCGACCAUUUGUUGGUUUUCGUGAGGUGAGACUUGUAAGCAAAGAAGCAAGACAUCCUGGUGGGGAUCCAAUUCUACUCUGUUUUGUUGAUUUUGAAACUGCUAGUCAAGCUGCUAUUGCUAUGGAUGCUUUGCAAGGCUACAAAUUCGAUGAACAUGAUCGCAAUUCACCCCAUUUACGGCUCCAGUUUGCUCGUUUUACUGGCCCCAGGGGAGGUUCAGGACCUGGUGGUGGUCGUGUUAGGCGUUAAGUUGUUCGUCCUUUUAUCAGGCAUGAUCACAUCGAAUGUUCAAGUGAAAUGAUGAUAGUUCGUUGGUCGCUCUAGAUAUAUUACUCCAUAGUGCUAGGAUUGGUAACCUUCUGUUGUUCCAAGUUCCAACUUUGGUGCCUUGGCUUUGUGAGAUGCUUUCUGACAUUAACUAGUUAUUAAACAUCAAAGCUGAAAACAAUUCGUGGCAUCGUGCAGAUGUGAUGCUUAUGGCCGGUUAUAUUGGGAUAUAUAUAUAUACUUCUGGAGACAAUUUUGCCGAUUAAUGCGUGUUGGGAGAAUUUUGGUGCACAUCACAUAUUUGUGUACAACAUAUUAUCUCCCUUCCGCGUGGUGUUAUAUUUAGUAGUCUGUUCUGGUUUCUGAUUUGCA